AUGGCCACUGCAGCCAGGGACCCCAGCCUGAGCGGGAAGGUCUUUGCCUGGAGCUCCCACCUGGAGCGGCACUGGCGUGUCCACACCGGUGAGCGGCCCUAUGCCUGCCCCGAGUGUGGCAAGUGCUUUGCCCAGAGUGCCCACCUCACCAAGCAUCGCCUGACCCACACUGGCGAGUGGCCCUACACCUGCCCCCACUGCGGGAAGGGCUUUGUCAAGAGCUCCGACCUGGCACGGCACCAGCGCACCCACACCAGGGAGAAGCCCUACAGGUGUGGGCAGUGUGGGAAAGGCUUCAGUGUCCACUCAUCGCUCUCCAAGCACCACAGGGAGCACACAGGGAGCACGCCAUGAGCAGUUGCCACUGAGAUCCUGCGCCAGGCUGCCCUAUCCCCUCCUCAGGGAGAGGAGAGGAGAGGGGAACCUGGCACUUCCACUUCACAUUGCUCACUUGGGAGAAGGCCUCCAGGAUGGCCUGAGGUCCUCUGGGCCAGAGGCACCCCCCCCCCACAGGACAGCCCAGGGGCCUCUAGACCGAGACCCUCCAGGAUGGCCCGAUGGGCUCACUACCUCUGAAAACCCCAUGCUGGAAAGCAUACUUCCAGCUUUAGUACUGAUGUAUCCUAAAAGGGACUCUUCAAACGUGGCCAUUUCGUCACCCUACAGUGCCCUGCAAUCACAGGGGCUCUGUUUCCUAGCAAUAAAAUCUUUUUUCUCACUGCCAACCCUGGGAUGGAAGAGAAGUGCUGGGUUCUUUCCUUUUUAUGCAUCAUCACCAGGAAUAAAGGGUUCACGGGGCAAAUUCUUGCAGCCCGUAGCACCGUCACCCUCUGUGACUCCCCCAUGACAGAUUUCAUGCCCUGAGGGCCACACAUAGAUCGACCCCCGCCUCCCCCGUGGAGAUGCAGCUGGGUUGAUAGAAAGAUUCUUCCAUCCACCUCGCAACUGCCUCUCAGAGAAGCAGAUUUACUGCAUCACUGGAAAAUCUCCUUUCGUCACCAUAGGCAGCGUCUACAGUGCUACAGCAUCCCAGCUGAAGCGCCAUAGAUGUGCUGCUGCAGGGGCUGUAGAGCAGACGCGGCCUCAAGCAGUUCUGUUGCAGUUGCCCAGGGUGGGAUGGGGCAGUUGCAGGGCAAACGGGAGAUAGAGGCAGCAAGCACUCGAGGCCUGACUCUCCUACAUGCAGGGAGCAGGGCAGCGGGACGGAGAAAAGGGGCCAGUCCUAUGGGAUAUGUUCUCAGAUUGCAAUCACAAGAGGAAAAAUGUGCUACAGGGGGUGAGUGGCCAUAGUGUGUCUCCUCUCUAUAGAAUUUCAGGGUUGGAA